AGCUGAAGUUUGUCAGUCGUACACCAUGGAAAUGCACUAGCUGCUAGAGAGCCCUUAGGUCCGUAGUGCCAGACUGUCCUCUUCACACUGUCCAGCACACUGCUCAGAACAGCUCCAGAGAGCGAAAAAGUAGCACAUGCACACUGGACCCUUCUGUAGAGCUUGGCGACAAAUUAGCAGCAAGGAUUUAUGAAAACUAAAACCCCUCUGGAAUAAGGAACAGGAGGUACAGAUUGCAAAAAGCCCAGGCUGAGCACAGCACAGUGGUGGGGUAGUCACCCUGGAGUGACAACAUCUGGUCAUAAUUAAAAAAGGAGAAAAAGAUGGAGUAAAGAGACGUGUUGAUUAGGAGCUGAAGUUUUUUAUGAGUCUUUUUUUCUGUAAACUAGUGCCAAAGCCCUGCAAACUGAUUAUGCUGAAGAAUUACAGGGUUUAGUAUCUGGAAAGAAGGUCUACAGUGUGUGCGCAAGGUCUUCUACUGGAGAUGAACACAGCAAACAGCUGAGAGAGAAGAGGAGGAGCCCCUCAACCUGCAUUGCAAAGCUAUGCUUGCCUGGUGAGACGUGUACCUAACUUCUAAGGAGGACAUGGAGUACUGUCAGUGUGUCAAACUGGCAAGACAGAGUUCCAAGCUUGGAGAUCAUGGCGAAGGAUGAAGUUGAAAAAGCCACCGCUGGCUGGAUUCUGCUUCUUGCUUGCCUUGUCUGUGGUGGCAUUUACUAGUUUUCCUCCAUGGUGUCCAAGCAGCUAUGUAGAGCCUGGUUUCCAAUACUUGGCACUAGCUGAACCACACAGAAAAGUUAUUCAGCUCAGGCGUCUGUGGAUGAAUACCACUGACUCCGUCGUUUGGCAGCCAAGGGGUUUUGGCCAUAGAAAAGGGGACCAAACUCCCCAAGGCACCAAUCAGAGAAGGCAAGCCUCACAUAAACCCAGCCUGGCUUACAAGCAAAAGAACAAGCUAGGUGACCAGCUCACACAAAACCACAAGCAGCUGAAAGAGAAGAGAAAGCACAAUAGGCAGAUGAGAAAACGUAACGUUAUGAAGAAAAGCUCUGAAGAAAGCAGUAAGCUACAGUAUGAAAGCAGUCCCCUCAGGACCAACACUGAAAAGAAAAGGGAGCUUAAUGAUCAUUUCCAUGCACUUGAAAGGGAGAAAGUUGUUAUGGGACCAUCAAGGAAGGGGGCCCCCUUCUCUUCUUUUUCAGUCAGCAAUAAAAGACGUGUAUGGUCUGGAAGUCCUGGGUUUGUUACACUUCUAAAGUACUCUACUGUAGGCCAAGUGGGGCCACAGGACCAGAGCAAAGCAGGAGCACAUUCACCUGGGGCUGGGCAGCAGCAUUCAGAAUUGGUGAAAACUUUUCUCUCAAAAGCAGGUAACAGGCUGCCCUUCAAAAACACAACUGGUGCUAAGAGAUGGGCAGACAGUCUCUCACAACAUCCUGGAGAACAGGGAGGUCACUUUUGGAUGGACAUGGCAGAGAGGUUACAAACCUCUGAGUGGUGUAUGAAGAUGCCAGAGGCUGCCUUUCCUGCUCAAAGAAAAGGUGGCCUGAGGUUUGGUGGGAAGAAACCGCCGUGGCUUACAGAGGACGAUGUGCGGAAGAUGAAACUUUUGGCAAACAGUGAGGUGGUGUCCAAAACCAGAAUUCCUGCCCAUGGGCAAAUACUCAGAGUUAGCCUUUCAGCUGGCCAGGACACAGUCUCCUCUGACCUGAAAAGACCUUGCUUGGACGGGUUCUGUGGAUUAAUAAAACGGCCCAGUGAUCUCUAUGAGGUUCUAGCCUUCCAUUUGGACAGAGUAUUGGGGUUGAACAGGAGUCUGCCUGCAGUGGCCCGUAAAUUCAAAAGCCAUCUGCUUCCCUACAAAUACACCAACGGUGAAGCGAGACCCAUUAUAUGGUGGGCACCAGAUAUCCAGCACCUUGUUGAUGUCAACAAUGACCAGAACUCCUUUGCACUAGGGUGGCUUCAGUACCAGGAUCUACUGCAGCUGCGGUGCGGCAUGGUAGAUUCCACUGCACCUCUUGGAAGAGCUCCUUGCUUGAGCAUCCAGCACACAGAAUGGACCAAAUUGGCACUCUUUGAUUUUCUUCUACAGGUUCAUGACCGCCUGGAUCGUUACUGCUGUGGAUUCCAACCAGACCCUUCCGAGCCUUGUGUGGAGGAAAUGCUCCAUGACAAAUGUAGAAACCCUAGAGAACUUGUCUUGGUCCAUAUCCUGAUCCGGAGGACUGAGCCUUCCCAGCUAGUGUUCAUCGACAAUGCGGGCAGACUCCUCCAUCCUGAAGCCAAGCUCAACUUCAGGCUGUUAGAAGGCAUAGACAGCUUUCCACAGACAGCUGUGACCGUGCUCCAGUCAGGAUGUUUACAGAACAUGCUUCUUAAGUCACUGUACAUGGAUCAAGAGUUCUGGGAAAGUCAGGGUGGCUUUGAGGGACUUAGACACCUGCUUGAAACCAUUGACAGACGAGGACAGAUUUUACUGCAGUACAUUCAAGACCACAAUUUGACAGUCAUUAAGGACUUGUUACUUUAAACCUUCCUCAGCAAUGGCAACACACUUGCCUGCUAGGAAAUGAAAGGAUUCAAUGAUGGAUAUACCUCAGUCCUCCAGCUUUUGUGAUCAGAACCCUUUCUGGAAUGCUUGAUUCUUCAGAACUGAAUUCUUAUCAGCAGCAGAUCUGGAGAACGAGGAUAGAUCCCAGCGAGUGGGGAACAGCAGGAAAGCACAUUUCUGACGUUUUACAGAAAUGCUUGUAAAAAGUGUGCACCAAAUAUUUCUUGUGAACUGAACUCCACAUGAAUUGUUGGUUUGACCCAAGGGGAAAAGAGGUGGCACCUCCAAAGUGAAUGGUACAAAUGAUGACAUAUUAUAUGUGCAAAGUGCCAUCUCCCUCUGUCUAAUAAAUGAUGUGUGAACGGCUACUGAAUGUAAACUAGUUAAUACCAGCUGAGAAUUUGUCCCAGGGACUUACCAGAAACACCUGGCAGCAAUUGCCGUAGCAAAAAUUGCAAAACAUGUUCUAGUCCAAAUCUUUGUCUUCACACACUCAUAGUUUCCUGAAACAUUCACCCUUUGAGCUGAAAUUUUCCCAGCUGGGGUCUGUCCAGAGUGAAUUGUUAAUUUAUUUUUAAAAAGCUUGAGCUCAGUCACUUCUGUUAUUUUUUGAGCUCUGAGAGGAUUUAGAGGGGGAAAAAACCCCAAACCAAGCUCCUUGCUAAGACGCUUCUAGAUAGAUGGGGUUUUGGACACAGCAGCAGCAAGAGCAGCAGUUUGAAAUGCAAAACCUUUUCUUGGUUUACAGAAAAAUACUUUAAAAAAUCUACAAUCACGUGCAACAUAACUUCUGGGCAUGUUAUCUGCACAGGAGUUUGGCAAAGCCUGCUGGCAUCCUGUCCUGUCCUAUUUUUAUCACCACUGUACACUCCACCUGGCAGCUCAGACAAUGACAGUGACUGUGCCUUGUAGCCUAGUGUGAGGGCAACAUAAAUGAUGAGAACUGUAAAUGUUUCUCUUUGAAACGCACACAGAAAAAUCCUCCACAAAUACAUGCUUAAAUAUCUGGGCCAAGAAAGAAUUACAAGUGCAAAACUAAUAAAAGUUAAAAUUGGGGUUCUGCUGUUUUAGGACGUUUCGGUUACCUUCUACAUUCUAUGUGCACAUUUAGCAUUUACUAUAUAACUUAAGGUCAAGGUUUUCAGUCAAGACAAGUAUAUUUGGAUGCCAAACUUGAGACACUUUAACGAGGGUGGAUUUUCAUAAAGCACUAACCAACCAAUCUCUGAGAAUUGGGCUCCUUUGAGCACCAGACAGCUGAGACACUAGAAAUCACUAAUCACAUUUGAACGUCUUGAUUGACAUAUUGCAGAGUUCCACCACAGUGUAAACAAAUAUGUUGCUACCCCAUUAAUCUAGAUGUAUCAAAAAUCAUCACUAGUCAAAUAAUUGGAAUAGAAAGGUAGGGACACUCCUACUACAGUCAACAACUUGAGGUGUAAGCUUCAAAGCCUAACUGGCGUAUUUUAAAAAACAUGUUGAUAGGAUCAAUUAAUUACUUGUUCUUUCGUUUUUUAAAGAGAUGAUUAAGUGGUUGAAAACAAAAUUAAUGCAAUUUUAAUCAAAGCAAAACAAUUGCAAUUGCUGUAAAAAGCCAGUGACCAUUAAAACAUGCAUGUUUGUCACAUAGGCCACAUCCUCUUUCACCUUUACAAGCCUGAGUGGCACUUGUCUAGCUGCAUACUUGCAAUUCUUGAUGCUUAAGUUGAGUUUAGAUUUUGUUUGAAACUGUACGGCAAUGCUUGGAAGGCUUCAUUAUGGUUACCUCGCUGCAUAAGCUCUGGGAGGAAUAGAAUUAGCUAUAUAUGCCAGGGAAGAACCACAGCUAGAGACUCUUUGACACCAAAGAAGGACAGCCUUUCCACUUCUUAACCUACUGGUUGGGCACUUGCCUGGACAGUGGGAGAUUCCAGUUCUUGACCCACUUUAUCCAAAGGGGGUGUGAACCUGCAUCUCCCACUUCCCAGCAGCAUACUGUGAUAACCAGGCCAUAGGCUAAAGAUUAGCUAGAGUGCUCUCUUCAUGGACAUCUAUGAGCAGUAAAAGAGAAAGAUAUGUGUGGCCUGGAAGAAAAGAGUAAGUAAGCUUGAGUUGGUUUGGCUCUGUAAGGUGGAUACUGCUCUGGAAAGGAGAAAGCUUGACAUCUGGGCUAGGGACAGACAUGGUGCAUAAACUGGUUUAAGUGAUCAGAAACUGGUUUAAACCUGUAACAGAGAAGAUGUUCAGUACACAUAAACCAGUUUGAAAAUGGCUGAAACUGGUUUGAGAUAAACCUGGUUGAAUGUAGUAUCAGACUUAACUGAUUUGGGUCAAACUGGUUUAUGCAAUGUCUGUCCCAGACCCCUUCCUGGUUUAAGAUAAACCAAAGUCUCCCAGCAUCCUGGCAUGCUCUCUGGGCUAGGUUGGGCUCUCUGCUCCAGAGAGCUGAGCUGUUCCCUCCCCUCUGCUCCCUCGCUGGAGCUCCAGCAGACACUUAUAGGCACAGCAGCGUCUGCCUAGCUUCCCCCUGCCCCAUCCCCCCCCCACUCACUGCUCCAUUCCCCCCUCACCACUCCCUCUUCUCUCCCACACCAUGGACCAUAACCAGCAUGCGCUAUGCUAGCUAAUGCUGAGAGGUGUCUGUGUAAGGCAGACAGGACAAAAUCAGACAGGACAGUGUCUGCUUAGGGCUUUUUGGAGCUAAUUAACAGGUAGCUGGUAAUGUCCCUCCAUUUCUUUCUUGGAAAAAGCUGUUAAAGAAGAGCUUGAACUAAUGAGAGAGGCUUUGUUUUAUGAUGAGGUGCUAAAUGCUGAAACCAGAGAUGAUAAAUGCUCUGUUAUCAAGUUGUGGGGGAACCCUCCCUAAUCAGAGCAUCCUGCUGGGGCCUGCCCACCCCCCCUCAGCUCAGCACUGUGGAAGGGCAGGGACUGCUGCUGUAGUGCCUCCUCCCUCUCCCCCAGCUUCUAGCUUGAGCCACUGCAGGCAUGUGCCUUAAUUUCCUUAGUGCAGAGGGGAUGUUCGUGCAGUUCAAAAAACAGUUUAGCCUAGCCAGGUUAAACUAACCUACAAAGAUUGAAUCAAUUCAGGCUCAGGCUUUUUGAAUGUCUGUCCCUAGCUCUGGUCCCUAGCCCUAAUAUUCAUUGGAUUAAUUGUAGAAAUUUCUGCCCAGUUGGGGCAGAGUAAAAAUCUCAACCCAAAGCACCCUCCCUGUGAGGAUGGGGUCCUCUUGGUGAGCCACUUUCUCUCUAGCUUGUGCUCCUCUUCCUCGAUUGGCUACCAAAGUGUGUUAUGUUCAAGAAGAGGGCUGGAAAAUGACCUGGGCAAUAUUUAGCCCAAGGCUUGGUAGUUGUAGCAUUUUGCUAAGUAGGAGUUGCAGGUUAAAACCUGCUCUGAGAAGCACAGAGCAUCUUUACACAUGCUCCUGGGUAGGGGAGAGAGGCGCUUUAAUUAGAGUGGUUCAGAGUACUGCUUUAAUUAAAGCACCUACAGCACCAUAUGUAUUCAGUGUCGUAUGGCAGCAGGGGCACUUUAACUAAUACUUGUUCAAUGAGUUUUAGUUAAAGUGCCCCCACCACCAUCUGCAAGUGCAGGGAUGCUGAAUACAUGUGAUGCUACAGGCACUUUAAUUAAAGCAGAACUCAGAGCCACUCUAACUAUAAAGUGCCCUAAUUAUGUUGGAGCAGACAUCUGGUAUGUAUAGGUGCUCGGGGAGUCUAGAAGUUGGCUUUUCUAUUUCCUGGGCAAGUGCUCUCACCACAUGGCUUUUUGGCUCAGAGAGGGAAGGAUUGUUCUCCUUCGUGUUCCUUUCAACCAUUAUACACAUACUUGGAUGAUCCUAUUCUUCAGCAGCUGGAUAUAAGAAUUUAAACUUUCAGCCAGUGACCAAAAUACAAGUUACAUGGCUAUGUAAAAGCCACUUAAAAAAUAAAGGUGAAAUAGGAUUUGGCCCAUGCUAGUCACAUCACCUUACUGAGUGAAAUCCUAGUCCCACUAAAGUUGACCUCAAUGGGGGUAGGAUUUCCUCACCUUCCUCUUGGUCCUUUCCCACCCUCAUUAUGUACUGUCACUGUUUGCUGUUACCCUGGACCCUGAUCUUUAGAGCUGGUUUUCUGUGACCAUGUGGAGCCCUGCUGAAAACAAUGACAAUAGUUACAUCAUUACAUGACAGCAAUAAUUUCCACCCUCAGCAGAUUUGCAAACGGGGUCCUUAGAUUGUAAACUCUUAUGAGCACAAAAUCCUGACUGUCCUGAUUACUGUGGUUGUAUUGGUUCAAACUUAACAUUGCAUAAUGUACUGUUUUUGCGUUUUCUUGUGUGUAAUGUGUGUGUUGGCUGGUUAAACACACAAGUGUGCAAACAUCUGUAAGCCCUUUUGCACUUGGAAAACAGUCACUUUUGUGUAUGUGGUAAUAAAUGAAAACAACACUAA